UCCCCCUCCCCUUCAGGGUUGGAAGUCAAAACAAAACAAUUCUUAUUUGAAGAAAAAAAUAUCUAGAAUUUUCAUUUGAAAAGCAUUUCCAAUUGGACUUGUUUGGAAAAUCAUCAUGGGAUUCUCAUUAAAAGUGAAAACAAAGACUGGGCAGCAUAUCCUGCGGGAUGUGUCUCCAUCGCUCACGCUGUCACAACUCAAGUCGCAAAUUGUGGAAUUUACAAAGCUCCCUCCGGACUGUAUGCAUAUCCUGGUGGGUUUUCCACCGCGGAAGCUUAACAUGGCAGGCCUGGAGGAGUCCAUAGAGGCGAGUGGAAUUUCAAAUGGUGAUACGUUGAUUGUGGAGGAAGUUGCUGCGCCGGAGGUUCCUGUUGUGGCUGAACGACGAGAGGAUGCCCUCUUGGCUGCUCAGUCAGCUGCAGUGGCUGAAGAUGAAUUUGCUGGGGUGCUCCUGAAGCAGGUUGUUCCAGCGGACAAUUCGUGCCUCUUCACGAGCAUUGGGUAUGCUCUGCAGGGAAAGGUGAACACUGAUGGGGGGAUUCUGAUGCGACAAAUAAUUGCGGAGCACGUUGCUGCUGAUCCGGAGAGUUUCAGUGAAGCCUUCCUCGGACGCCCCAAUCGGGAGUACUGCGCCUGGAUACUGCGAGAUGAUUCAUGGGGUGGUGCCAUUGAGGUGUCCAUCCUGUCCAGCUUCUACGGACUCGAAAUUGAUGUUGUGGACAUUACAAAUGCCAUUAUAAAUCGCUUUGGUGAGGACAAGAACUACGGCCAGAGGAUUUUUCUUCUUUUCGAUGGCAUCCACUACGAUCCUCUGUACCUGGAGUCUCUCACGGGUGGUUCACCUCGAACGAUUUUCCCAAUUGAAGCGGAGAGCAUCUAUCUACAGGCUGAGCAACUCGCCAAGGAGGCACAAGCUUCCAAGCAGUUUACGGAUGUUAAUCGCUUCACUUUGCGGUGUCUGGUGUGUGAUUGUCACCUCACUGGUCAGGUAGAGGCUCAGGCACAUGCAAAAUCAACUGGUCACGCAAACUUCGGAGAAGUUUAGGCGCCAAAUCUCCCCAAAAAAUACAAAUUCAAAUAAAUUGCACUAUUCAGAAA